UGCAAUGCCGCGGGACACUGGUAAGCUUAUCGACGACGGCGGGAGUGAACAGAAAACUCACGUCGCGCUUGCUCGCACGAUCGCGCCCAUUACUGCUGGCCGAGAGGACGUCGGUGGCGCUCUUCCUGCCAAUCACGCUCAUCCGGCUCGUCUCGAAGCGCUCGAUAGCGGGUGGGAUGGGUACGCUGUAGUACUCGAUGUAUGGCUCGACUUGAUGAAUACAGGCCUUGCUCGACUCGAAACUGCGUGCUCGGCGGAUCUGUACGGCUCUGGUAAGCUCAUCGUCCGCUCGUGCCACGCCCUCCGCAGGAGGAAUGAUGUCAGUGCUGGACUCGUGAGACGAGGCAAGUACUCGUACCUUUGCGAGCUAACCUCGCUCGUCUGCAGCCCGACCGCCUCGGCUGCUUUGCUCUCGCGCGCUUCUCUCGGGCUCCGUCGACACUCGCUGGCGCUCCUCUUGGCCUUGUAUCGCCGUGACUGUCCUGCUUGCACGGUCUGCUCGCUCGGGCUUCAGGGCAACCCUCGGCUCCUCCUUGCUCGCUCCCGUGCUCUCGAACAUGCCCCGCCUCGCUCGCACUGGUGUCGUUGCAUCUCGCCCCUUGUGAACAAGUUGCUGACCUCCACCUCAGGUAGCUGACAUCAGAGCAAGAAUCAGGAAGCGUAGACACUCGGAGAAAGC